AGAGUCCAAAUUAAGAUGGCUACCAAAUACUGCCUAGUGUUGCUCUUUGGAGUGGUGCUUCUCAGCACUGCCUCAGUACUAGCCGAUCACCAUGAGCCUCCCAAACACGAGAACAAACCUCCAAUUCACAAGCCACCUUUGCAAGGCAAACCUCCUAAGGGAGAGAAACCACCACCAAAACACAAGCCACCAACCCUUCUUGAUAAUGAGGAUACAAAGCCAUUCCCAGAGCACAAGCCACCAACCCAUGGUGAGGAACCUCCCAAGGGUAAGGGAAAGGGAGAAAAGCCACCUCACGAUCAUCACCCUGGACGACUUCUACUCGAGUUCCACUCCCUAGAUGAACAAAAUUCUCCAAGUUUAGCUGGCAAGCCUCCGGCAAAGGGAGCAAAGCCACCUCCAAAACACAAACCACCAACCCCACUCAACAAGGGAGAGAAGCCAUUCCCAGAGCACAAGCCACCAACCCAUGGUGAAGAACCUCCCAAGGGUAAGGGAAAGGGAGAGAAGCCACCUCCAGAGCACAAGCCACCUCACGAUCAUCACCCUGGACGACUUCUACUCGAGUCUCAAUCUCUUGAUGAAGAAAAUUCGCCAAGUUUGGCAGGCAAGCCCCCGGCCAAGGGAGCGAAGCCACCUCCAAAACAUAAACCACCAACCCAACUCGACAUUGGAGAGAAGCCAUUCCCAGAGCACAAGCCACCAACCCAUGGUGAAGAACCUCCCAAGGGUAAGGGAAAGGGAGAGAAGCCACCUCCAGAGUACAAGCCACCUCACGAUCAUCACCCUGGAGACCAUUUGGUGGAGGACGCAAAAGAUUCCCACAAGCCACCCAGAAAGUUGAAGCCUCCAACCGUCGGAAAGAAGCCGCCGACUCACUCUCACAAGCCACCCCACAAACCUCCAUCUGCAAACUGAUCCGACGCAUGUGUACAUGCGUAUAAA